AUGUUCAGGUUAUCUCCCCGGAGGAGUCAAAGAUCCAAAGGCUUCAAGGUGAAGCAUGCUCUACAGUUAUGUGUUCUGCUUGGCGUUUGUAUCUGGCUGGUUUACCAAAUCAAACACUCUAAUGAGAAGAAAUCAUCCUUUGUUGAAGACACGAAGACUAGCGGUCAGAUUAUCAAGUUUGGGAGGAAGGACCUUCAUCCUCGCGUGGAGGAAACCUCCGUGAUAGAUGCAAGGCACAAAGAGGAGGAGGAGGAUGAACAAGAAAACAAGCACGAAGAGCAAAACAAACUGGAUGAUGUGAAUGGUGUGGAAGAUGAGGUCCUGAAGCAUGAUGAGCAAAGUAUCAACGAAGAGAAUUCUGAGCACAGACAGGAUUCAAUAGACCAAGAAAAUGAAGAAAAUUCUGAAAAUGCUAGGACAGAAGGGGAAGGUGAACAGCAUAAUGAGAACUUUGUCGACGAGAUUGACAAUAUGGACAACAAGGAGAGUGAGAGUACAUUGAAGGAUAAUGAGGAGAACAAAAAUGAAGUGGAGGACAAAGAAACUGGAGAAAUUAAAGAAGAAAAGAGCUGGCAGGAGAAUGACAAUAUGGAUAACAAGGAGAGUGACAAUGCAGUGAAGGAGAAUGAAGAGAAUAAAAGUGAAGUGGAGGACAAUGAAACUGGAGAAACUAGAGAAGAGAAAAGUCAGCAAGAAGAGACAGAAAAUAAAGAUAAGGUGAAUGAAGAGGUGAAACAGAAUGAUUCUGAAGGGAAGGACAACGUGGAGGAAAAUCAUGAGCAAAAUAGUAAAGAAAUGACAUAUGAGAGCAAUCAAGGAGAAACUGGGUUGGAAGAGCAAGACAAAGUUCAGGAAGAGAUUGCAUCUGAAGAUCAGGUUCAGGAUGGGGGGAAAAAUGAGGAGGAGCAUAGAGAGGAAAAUUAUGCUGGAGAUAAUGCCUCUAGUGCUGUAGACCAUAAAUCGCAAGACACCUCAGAUGAAAAUUCAAAUUCUAAGACAGAAGAAGAAUCUGAUAAAAAGGAAAACAAUGAGUUUGAGCUAGAGUCUCACAAACAUGAUGAAACUACAGAAGGGACUCAUGCUAGUGUCACAACAAACGGCCAAGGAAAUGAAAGUGAUGCUGAAAAUCAGGCUCAGUUAGAGAAUGAGUCACAAAAAAGUUCCACGUCAGGAUCAGAAUGGAAGCAGCAAGAGAAAAAUGACUCCUCAAAGGAUGCUUUAGAAACUCCAGAUUCAUCACUGCAGAAUCAGACUGACACAUCAACUCGUACAACUGAAGCAUUAGAAAAUGAAAACAGCUCCAAGUUGGAGGACUCCAGCAAGCAGAAUACAACACCAAAAACCGAUUAUUCUUCUUCUAACUCCGAUGCAGCGGGGAAGACAGCUGAAACACAUGACAGUAAUGCAAAUGAUGGUGAAUACAAGGACACAACGAGUAAUUCUGCUCAGAAUGAAAACCCCGACAACAAUUCUGUUCAAGAAGGAAAGCAGGAAAAUGUUGCAUCAUCUAAUAAUGACAACAAGGAUGCUAGUCAUGAUGCUCAAUUCACUUCUGAUACUUCCUCGGAACAAAAGAAAGAUGAAUCCGCAAAUGUAGAAAGUAAUACCAAUACUCCGCUGAAUGGCAAUGCUGAUCAAACCAACACAAACAGUGAUGGAAGUGCUAAUGACAACCAAGAUGCUAGCCAGUCUGAUACUUCAUCUGAGCAAAAUAAAGAGGGGUCCUCAAACUCAGAUAACAGCAGUGAUGCUAGCCAUUCCGAUACUUCAGUUGAGCAAAACAACAAAGAGGAAUCCUCAAACUCGGAUAACAGCAAUGAUGCUAACCAGUCUGAUACAUCUGUGCAAAACAAAGAGGAAUCCUCAAACGCAGAUAACAGUAGUGAUUCUAACGAGAAUGGCUCUGAAAACAAUGAUAAUGGAAAUGACAAUGGGAAUGCUAAUGGUGAAGCACAAGAUAAUGUUUCGGGUUCAUCCAUUCCUGAAGAGAAAGAUGCAUCUUCAAAUAACACUGCUGAUGCAGGACAGGGUGAGAAUCAGAACACAGUUCAGAGCAAAACUAGUGAAAAUGAAGAUGGUGCUCAAAAUAAAACAGUGGAGUCACAAAAAGAGGAGGAAUCUGCACACUCCGAUGGUGUUAGCAAUUCUAACAUGAAUGAUCGAGGAAGUACUGAUCAUUCAAUCACUCAGGAGGAUAAAGAAUCUCGCGUGGAUUUGGGAACUUUACCACAAUCCAAUGAAGAAAGCAAUCACAUUAAGGAUACUGCUGCAGAGUGA